CAAUACUUUGAUUAAUCGAAAAGCAAACCCUUUGGUUUUGUGCAAGUUGCGACUUGUUUGAAUUUGGUGGAUCCCAAGCUUGUGAGCUUUGUAUCGAUUGAAUAUUCUGUUCAAUCAUGGUCGAGCAGCUACCCUUUUAUACCAUACGAGCUUUCCCCAGGUGUGGAAUUGUCUGUUGGUUCCGCUUUAUCCCAAUUUCGUAUUAAGAACGCAUUGUUCUUGAUUCGAGUUCAAUCAAUCUUCGGAUUGAUUGAUUGUUGCGUGACUUUGGUAAAAAUACACCCCCCCCCCUCAGGGUCGUAUUACUUCAUCCCUCCUCCUUUCUUCUCCUACCUUUCACUUUUCUUACCCUAACCAAAGACGAUGGCUACUGGAUCUGGUGAUGACACAACCAAAUCUGGAUCUGGUUUAGAGAACUCCGGGAAAUCAACCAUGGCGAACUUUCCCCAGUAUGAAGACCCAUACCUAAAUCCCUACUACUUACCACCACAAGAUGGCACUUUGCCAACAAUCAUUUCCAUCAAAUUGGGCGAUGGAAACUACCACACUUGGAGUCAAGUCAUGUUGGUUUCCCUCGCUACUAUGAACAAAAUCUCGUUCAUAGAUGAAAAAAUUCCAGUUCCUCGGGUAACAGAUCCCAUUGACCAAUCCUAGCAUCGAUGCAAUGGAACUAUUCGCUGUUGGAUCUAUAAUUCUUUAGCAGAAGACAUAGCAAAUAGUGUGAUGAGGUUAGAGAAUGCUAAGGAUGUAUGGGAUAACCUGAAGAAUCACUUUAGCCAGAAAGAUAAUAUGAGGGUUUAUGAUCUUAAUGAGCUACUAGGUAAAUGUGUUCAGGGUGAGAAAUCAGUCACUCAAUACUUUCUGAUAUCACUGUGUUGUGGGAAGAGUAUAAAAGAUAUAGUCCCAUACCUAGUUGUGCCUGUAAUGGUCCUUAUGAAGUGCUGAAGAGAUAUCACGAUAAUGACUUCAUUAUCAAGUUUAUGCAAGGGCUUAAUGACUCAUAUCAGUCUGCGAAAACCCAAGUGCUCAUGAACCCUGUUCUGCCUAGCAUUGAUGUUGUCUUCAAGCAGAUUCUUCAGCUUGAGAGGUAGAUGAAAUGUGUCGACAAGAGCAGGGGAGUUGACACAGUGGCACUUGCAGCAGCAUCAAACCACAACAAUCAGGGUUCUCAACACCCACAAACCAGUGAUAGAGAUUUUAAAAAUGGAAAGAAGUUUUGCAGAUGUUACAAAAAGGACUACCAUACAGUGUUUGAAUGUCUUAAGUUGAAAAACAAGAAAGUAAGAGAAGUUGGAGGAGGAAGCUUUGCUGGUUCAGUUGAAACAGGAAAUGAACCAGAAGGUACACAUGGAGUCCUAGCUGCUUCUGCUUCAUUGAAAAGAAGCUCAGAUUUGCAAGCUAAGGAUGAUGGAUUGGCAAGCUUGAAGUUGAGCAAUGAACAUCUGGAAAAGCUUAGGAUGCUUCUGUUGGGAUCUCCAUCACCAUCACCUUCUCCACCAACAUCUCCAUCAACCAGACACUCUGCCAAUGAUGUUGUGACUCGGUAUCAGCCAGUUCACCUUCCUUCCAACUCAUGUACUAUAGUCUUGUCUACGCUGUUAGCCAAUACUGCAGAACCACUUUGGGUACUUGAUACUAGGGCAACAGAUCACAGUCUUUCAUUUGAAGUACUUUUUGAAAUAUAAACCCUUGGAAGGGAUUUAUGUCAACUUACCAAAUGGAAAUAGAAUCCAGGCCACACACAUGAGUUGUCAAACUUCCCUGUUACUUAUUUCUUUCCUAAGUCCUGUAUGUACCAAGUUUUUCUUACAAUUUGGUUUCAGUAAGCAAACUUACCAAAACAAACUUUGUCUCACUCUUGUUCAAAUCAUCUUUCUGUGUUAUAGAGGAACUUAUUACACAGAGGAGGAUUGGUUUAGCUUAGUUGGAUAAAGGUUUAUACCUAUUCAAUCACAAGCAGGACACUACCAGUUCCCUACCUAAGUGCUUUGACACAACACACAUCAACUUUCAGCCUCAGAAUUUUGAUCUUUGGCUUGCCAGACUUGGUCAUCCUUACAUAGCUAGAGUAGAAGCUAUACACAAACAGUUUUCAAAUGUCAUUCCCUCACAUAUAUUUCAUUGUAAUGUUUGUCACUUGGCACAACAGAAAAGAUUGCCUUUUCAUUCCAGUUCUUUUGUCAAUCCUACUUUGUUUGGUCUGUUACAUGUGGAUAUUUGGGGACCUUUGAGUACUCAAUCUUACAAUGGCUUUAACUAUUUCUUGAUAAUCAUAGAUGAUUGUAGUAGAUGUGUGUGGACCUAUCUAAUGAAAACUAAGGAUGAAA